AUGGACAUCGAAGACCUGGAGCACUUAAUAAGGAUCAAUCAUAAGAUAGAUGCCAGUGAUCCGAAUUUCUAUAGAUGUCCUAAUUCCACUAGAAAUGAAAUUCACCACGUCGAAGCUGAAGAGAGCAAUAACGGCUAUUCAGAGGAGGAAGAUAAUCCUGUACAGAUGAUCCAAAGAGUACAAAGGAACAUUCCGAAGAGCGGACCCGCACAGAAGGAGCCACAUAGGUCAUUACAGGUGCCAGAACAACGCAAUUCGGCUCCCAUAGCAUGUUGGAACUGCCAUAAAGUAAACGUUUUGGGCACAGAUGUGAUCGCCUUGUUGGAUUCCGGAGCAGCGAUCAGUGUCUUGAGUUCAGUUAAUUUACUGGAAACUCACGGCCUUAAAAUACUAAAAUCUAAUGUUAGGAUUUGCACAGCGGAUGAUACAAAGCAUACCUGCUUGGGAUAUGUAAAUAUUCCUUAUACACUGGGAAAUUUGACGAAAGUAAUCCCAACGCUAAUUGUCCCUGAAAUUCGAAAAACUUUAAUUUUGGGUAUGGAUUUUUGGCGAGCGUUCAAAAUCCGACCAAUGGUGGCAUCUGAAGACAAUGCCAAGGAUUUGGAACUCACGUGGACAUCAACAUCGGAAGGAAACGAGAUAAACCAUUUGAGAGUCGAACCAGAAUCUGCCGUCGCGAACGAAGAAAUGAUUGUUCUCUCUGUGCAGUGCGUUAAUCCAUUAGAACCACAAAUAGUGCACAGAUCCAAACCUGAAGAGGAUGAAUCCUUAGAUGUUCCAACGCUAGAUUUACCAGAAGACCCUUUGAAGACGAUUGAGACCGUGGAGACCGAACACGUUCUGACUGAGGAAGAGCGACAACAGUUUGAAGAAGUGUUAAAGAUCUUCCCUUUAACAAGUGCAGGAAACUUGGGAAAAACUAAUUUGCUGGAGCAUGACAUUGAACUUGCGUCUGAUGGAAAAAUGCGGGAUCUACCUAUGUAUCGGCUUCAAAAAGCAAAAUAUUUCAGCAUAGUGGACCUCAAGGAUGCGUACUUCCAAAUUCCGCUGAAGGAAUCUUGCAGGAAUUUUACGGCUUUCAGAACACCGAAAGGACUUUUUCGCUUUAAAGUGGUCCCUUUCGGUCUGAAAAACGCACCGUUCACAAUGAACCGCUUAAUGAACUUGGCCAUAGGGUUCGAUUUGGAGCCGUUCGUUUUCAUUUACUUAGACGACAUUAUUAUCGCCACCGAAUCGCUGCAAGAACAUUUCCGGUUACUGAAGGAGGUUGCUCUUCGGCUCAGAAAGGCUGGACUUACUAUUUCGGUCGAAAAGAGUCGAUUUUGCCGAAAGCAAGUAAAGUAUCUCGGGUACUUGCUUACCGAGAAUGGCUUGUCGAUCGACAGUGCGAAAUUGGAACCCAUAUUGAACUAUCCAAGACCAAAAUCGAUAAGGGACAUAAGAAGGUUGAUGGGUCUUAUGGGCUUCUAUCAGAAGUUUAUCCCAAGAUACAGUCAUCUGACUGCACCGAUUACGGACUUACUGAAAAGGUCGAAAAAGUUCAAGUGGUCAGAAGAGGCGGACUUAGCGCUUGAGGAAUUAAAGUCCGUUUUGACAUCAGCUCCUGUGUUGGCGAAUCCAGACUACUCCAGGCCAUUCAUCAUUGAGACGGAUGCUUCUCAAUUGGCUGUAGGAGCUGCUUUAAUACAGCAGUUCGACAAUGAGAAACGGAUAAUUGCCUAUUAUAGUAAGAAACUGUCGUGUACUCAAAGAAAGUAUGCUGCCACAGAAAAGGAGUGUUUGGCUGUACUGUUGGCGGUCGAAAACUUUCGGCAUUAUAUUGAGGGUACUACAUUCACCGUCAUCACAGAUUGUAGGAGUAUUACGUGGUUAUUCACCAAGCAUUGGUUAACACCCUCUUACCACCCUCAAAUCGGCCAUAUCGCACACGGGUCAUCUCCAUCGCUGCGCGCCAAAUCGCAGUACGGACACGCCGGUGACCGCCAUCGUGUUAUCGCCUUCUUCGUAGCUAUCGUCGCCAUCGUCAACGACAUCGAAGCCUCAUCGUUCCUGCCGGCAUCGAGUCAACAAAAAUCCUGCGCAGGUACGUGA